CGAAAGCUCACGCGAUCCCGUGGUUUCCGCAGUUCAGCUCGAACGUAACGUCUGGCAAAGCCCGCACAGCCCCUGCCGAUUGGCAACCCUCCGGGCGAUCAUUCAGCGUAUGUAUAAGGAGAUCUGGCUAUGAAAUUGACGAAUAUACAUGUAACUGCGGUAGAAAUACUCCUGCAGUAUCAUUCGGGUCAGUUUUGAGUCUCGUCGUACCACACGGAGACACAUCGACACACACACCAACAAAAGCACAGAGGACACACAGUGCAAAUGUCUGACAUGCCCGAGCUGGACACCAGAGGCGCUGCGGUUAGUGCCGAUUUUCCAAGCGCGAGCAGGCGGGACCAGGCGGGGGUCAACAUCGGUUAACAACCACUGGCUUCAGUGGCUUCAGUCAAUUGACAGACACCAUGACGGACAAGUCCCGUAAAUUGAAGGUGGCAAUAGUAGGUGGUGGUUUGGUCGGCGCACUGACUGCUUGUUAUUUUGCCAAGAGAGGCCACGAGGUUCGCGUCUACGAGUAUCGGGCAGAUAUUCGGGUGGAAGAUUCGCGCGGGCAGAGUAUCGAUUUGGCACUGUCGACUCGUGGCAGAGAAGCCCUGAGGGAAGUGGGUCUGGAAGACCUCCUGGUGAACCGUCACGGGAUUCCUAUGCGUGGUAGAAUGAUCCACGAGAGGGAUGGCACCCUUAGAGAAAUAAUUUACGACAGUGUAAAAAAGAAUUGCAUUUACUCCGUCAGCCGGAAGUACCUUAACGAGGUUCUGUUGAAUGCCGCAGAGACGUAUCCUGGCCUGGAGUUGCAUUUCAAUGAAAAAUUGGUGGACGUUGAUCUUGAUCGUGGAAAAAUGAAGUUGCUCAAUACCAGAACAAAAGUUACUAGCAACGUUGAAGCUGAUCUUAUUGUUGGUGCCGAUGGAGCCUACUCGACCGUCAGGAAGAGCAUGAUCAAGAGACCCCUCUUUGACUUCAGUCAAACCUACAUAGAACAUGGCUACAUUGAAAUAUAUAUUCCACCUUCGCGCGAUAAUGAUUUUGCCAUGAGUGAUGGGAAUCUUCAUAUAUGGCCAAGAGGAGAGUUCAUGAUGAUUGCUCUGCCGAAUGAAGAUCGUAGCUUCACAGGGAAUCUUUUUGCGCCUUUUGAAACUCUGAGAGCCUUGGACACUCCUGAAAAUUUGUUAAAUUUUUACGAGGAUCAAUUUCCGGACGUGCUGCCACUGAUCGGACGUGAAAAAUUGGUCAAAGACUUUUUUUCCAGCGAACCGAAAACUUUAAUUUCCAUCAAGUGCAAACCGUAUCACGUAGGAAAAACUGCUUUGAUAAUUGGGGAUGCUGCGCACGCGAUGGUUCCCUUUUAUGCGCAAGGGAUGAACGCAGGAUUCGAAGACGUCAUAAUAUUAGACAAGUUAAUGGAAUUAUAUGAUUCCGAUUUAAGUAAAGUUUUGCCUGCCUUCUCAGAAACUCGAUGCCAAAAUGCACACGCCAUUUGCGAUUUGGCCAUGUACAACUACGUUGAGGUAUUUUUUCAAAUAUUACGAAAAAUUGUAUCAACAACUUUGUGCAUCUCCGACCACUUAUAUUUUACGUGCCUUACAGAUGAGAGAUUUGGUCAGGAAGAAAUCAUUCAUUUUGAGAAAGUACUUCGACACGGUUCUCUACUGGCUCUUUCCAAACACGUGGCUUCCUUUGUACAGCACUGUUCAUUUCUCCAGAAUGACAUUCCGAGACUGCAUAGAGAACAGAGCCUGGCAGGACAAGAUCAUCGGUCAAAGUCUCUGGUUGACUGGCGCAGGUCUCCUUGCAAUUGUUUCUGUUUUUACAAAAAAAUGGUUUUCAUAAAGGAAAACUUAUUCAGAAAAACAAUUUUCAAUUAACGACUCCGUGAUUCGCUCGUUCUAUAUUUACAAUUCUACAUAAACAAAAAAAAAUGAUUUAUGGCACGUAAUUUCAAUACGAUACAUUUGUACGCGCAGAUAACAAGUAAAUAAGUAUUUUAUUUAAAGUAA